UAAAUUUUUUCUUUUGUCUCAACUGAGGUGGAACAAAUAAAAGAACGAUCACUUUGCAAAACCUUCUUCAGGGUUUCCUCCAGCAAGAAACUACGAUGAAAAGCAGAAAUUGAAAACGCGGGAAUAACGAUAGUGAUUACAAUCUCUUGUGCUCUGAUUGGUCACAUAAGAAACGAUGUCAGCGAUCUCAUUGGUGCAAAAACAACAAAGGGAAAGGAAUGUUGUUCGAAUGUGAGCAGCCGUUUGUGGGGAGAAGCGUUGCGUGACGAGACUAAAAACGGCUGCAAGGGAGACUUAACAUUGACAAGUUGAAGACCAAAAAACUUUCACGAAGAAUGACAGAAAACAAACCGAAGCUAUACUGUGCCUGGUUCUGUCCAUUUGCACACAGAGCAUGGAUCUCAAUGUUAGCGAAGGGAAUUGAUUUUGAUUACAUAGAGCAGGAUCCUUACAACAAGUCUGCCGAGUGGCUGGCUAUAAACCCACGUGGAUUAAUACCAUGUAUCGUGCAUAAUGGCGAGUCAAUCUACGAGAGCCAUAUUUGCAUUGAAUAUGUUGAUGAAGCCUGGCCUCAUGCACCAAGGCUACUGUCUAAGGAUCCUUAUCAGAGGGCUAAGGCACGAAUGUGGGGAGAUUUUAUCAUCAAGAAGCUUAUCCCACCAUAUUACCGAUUCCUUAUUAAGCAGUCUCAAGAAGAGCAAAAUGAGUACAAAGAAAUAUUUCUAACAAAUAUAUUAGAAUUUUCCCAGGCAAUGGAUCAGGCAGGCCCUUUUUUUCAAGGAAAGGAACUUGGAUAUGUUGACAUUAUGUUUGCUCCUUGGGCUUCAAGGAUGUACAUUCUGGAACAUUAUCGUGGCUUUCAAAUUCCUCAGACAGAAGAAUACAUUAGAUAUCAUGUAUGGGCAAAAGCAGUGAUAAAUCACCCUUCAGUAAAAGCAGUUCUACAGAAUAAAGAUAAGGUUUUGGCAAAUGCUAGGCCUUAUGCUGAGGGUAAUGCUAAGUCUGAGCUUGCAGAUGCUGUUCGCAAUGGUUCAACAAUUCCCUAGAAACCCAUUUAUGGGAGGAUGUUUUCUUGGUUGGGUGCUGAUCUGUCAGAGAAAAUAGUUUAAUUUUGGACAGAGUAAAAUAAAAUGGGCAGGGCGUAAGACCAACCGGAAUGGGUUUAAAAGAAACUUCUUGUUACCAUGAUCAGUCAUUUUAUGUCUGAAAAAACUGUGCCAUUCCUAUAAUCUUGGCUGUUAGCUUUAAAUUUGUGUGUCAUACCUACAUCUAAGAAUUGCUUUUUGAUGCAUAGGCCACUUAUUUUUAGUAACUUUAAAUAAGAAUUAUGUAGAGUGACAAAUUCAUUUUGAUGUAAGGUCAUCAUUCUGAGUAUUAGAUAUCUGAUAAAGGGCAAGUUGGUUCCUUUUUUUCUACUUUUUCAAGACUUGUGUAUCCUGUGUUACACUGCAACAAUUUUUAUUCAAGGAUAUUUUCUAACCACUCACUACAAAGCCAGAAAGUACUCUAUAACAUUAGGUAUGAUAUUUGCUCUACAUUUAUUUGUGUUUGCCAUAUAAAUAAUUUUUGGCAUAUGUAAGGUCUAAAUUUUAAUCUUUGGAAAUGUGAAGUAUCAUGAGAGUGAGAAGUUGGGAUUUAAUACAGCCUGUUUUAUCUCGGCUAUGGUCAGUACAAAAAAUGGGGCAAGCUCUCUAGUUCUAAAAUAGUAUUAUCAUUGGCUGAAAUAAGUUAAAUUACAAACUGAAUCAACCAUCUGUCAGGGCAUUUAAGUUAGCAACGUGUUCCAAAAUUUGAAGUUCUACAUAGAGAAAUCCAGUUAAUCUGCAUCCUUGGAAUAAUUUGAAACCACAAUUAACUUUAAUUUUUGACAAAAUCUGCCAUCUGUAGACACUUUUGGGUUAAUUUCUUUCACCUGCCAACCUAUUCAUACCUAUUCAAUUGCUAUUCCUGGAUGAAAUUAUGUACAUUGUUUGGGUGCAUCUACUAUAGCUAUGCUAAAGUACAUGGACUUGACUGGCAAACAGAAAAGCAGGCUGUUUCGGCAGCACCUAAACAAUCUUAUUAGGAAAGAGCAGUACUACGUUCGUUCCCCACCAUGACUUACAAAAACACCACAAGUAUUCGAGAAAGUCAAAGUUCAAAGUGCAUUUUUUCAGUCACACUAUGAUCAAAACCAUCCAACACAUAGAGUCAAGAAUAAGAGAAAUAAAAAAAAGAUAAAUAAUCAAA